AUGCGGGCAGGGAUGGGGGGCGGCCAUGCCAGCCCGUACUGCCGGUUGUGUAGCAGGCUCCUCAGCGCUGCCCUGGCCUACUCGAAGCCGCGCCUGGCCACCUUCUGGUACUACGCCAAGGUGGAGCUGGCCCCGCCGACCCCCGCCGAGAUCCCGCGGGCCGUGGACAGCAUGAAGGCCAUGGUGCGGGCCUUCCAGAGCGGCCGCCUGGCCCAGCUCACCGUCAAGGAGGCGCUGAGGAACGGGCUGGUGGCCACCGAGGUGCUGAUGUGGUUUUACAUCGGGGAGAUCAUCGGCAAGCGCGGCCUCAUCGGGUACAACGUCUGAAGACCCCCCCUGCUCCCCUCCCCGCGGUCCCCCUUUCUAACGGCGAGUGACAAUAAAGCCGGGAGCCGGUGC